AGUGAUAAUAUUAUAGAAAAUGUGUAUCUAGCUGUUUAUAUGUAUAUAAAGGUUUCUCUCUCACACCAACAUAAUAUCGCUGUUUUCCAGUGCUGCUGCUUGACACCCAUGUUCAACUUUUGUUUCUCCGUAAGAUCUAGGAAUAAGCCAUCACCAUAAGAGCCAAACUACAAAACGCCAAUACAAUUCACAAACCCUGAAACGGGAAAAUUAAGCUCAUCAAGAGAUUCGGCAUCAUAUAUCUGAUAUAUGAUAUAUGAUUUUCAGCGAUAUGUCUUUCCAGCUCCCAGCUGAGACCAAUAUGUUUCAACCCUAUCAUGAUCCCAAUUCCAUCUCUCCCCAGGAUUAUCAAGGUGUUUCACCAAUGAUGAUGGGAAGAUCGAUGUCGUUCACAGGAAUGGAGAGGUGUGAAGAAGUGAGAGGAGAGGAUGAGAUGUCAGACGACGGAUCACAGUCACUGGGAGAGAAGAAGAGGAGGCUUAACUUAGAACAGGUGAAGGCACUCGAGAAGAGCUUUGAGUUGGGUAACAAGCUGGAGCCGGAGAGGAAAAUGCAGCUGGCCAGAGCUCUAGGACUCCAGCCUCGACAAAUCGCAAUAUGGUUCCAGAACAGGAGGGCUCGCUGGAAGACUAAGCAAUUAGAGAGAGACUAUGACAUUCUCAAGAGACAAUUCGAUGCUCUUAAGGCUGAUAACGAUUCCCUCAAGUCUGAAAACAAAAAACUCCAUGGAGAGUUGAUGGCACUUCAAGGUAGAGAAUCAGGCACUGAGAACAGGACUAUCAACCUCAACAAAGAAACUCAUGAAGGCUCUUGGAGUAAUGGAAGUGAAAACAGUUGUGAUCAUGUCCACACUACCACAGGUCCAACUCAAGUAUUCCUCCAAAGUUCAUCAUCCACGCCGGACCUUCUGCAUUCUCAUCAGAGACUCAAUCCAACAGUCCCCGACGAAACCUUCUGCACCAUGUUCAAUGGCAUCGACGAUCACCCUGGUUUCUGGCCAUGGCCUGAGCAGCAUCAAAAUUUUCAUUGAUCAUCACCGUCAUUUCAUGACAUUUUUAAUCGAAUCGAAUCCGACAUAUAAUUAAUCAAGUAAAUUAUAACGCAUGCAAUGCAUUUUCCAUCUUAGUUUCCUCCUAUGUACAGAUCAACACUGGAUCUAAAUUGCAUGUUGAUCUAGCGAACGCUGAAUUGGGCGGCUUAGUAUUUUGAAUGUAUUAUAUUAUGAAUAUUCCCACAUUUGUGAGAAACAAUAAUAUAUCGUUGCGAAUCGGUUGGACCA